GGUUGUAUGGAUCGUCGACUACAGCAAUCCUGUUCAAGCCUGUUGAUUGACCGAUGUCAUAUUAUUCACCUCCAGCAUUGCAAACGCUUGCGAGUAGCCGCGAUCGCCUUUAGGACGCCAAGGUCCGGCGACUCGUGAAAUGUUGCCUAGUACUCUUUCCGCUGGCUGUUUGUCGACCCUCCAUAGCCCAUCGUUCACAAGGAAGAACAACGACCGGUCCUCCGGCGAGAGCGACAGGGACCACACGUCCGACCACCAUAGCGAGGACUUGUUGUCGGGCACGAAGUUGCUGAUUGGAUUGCCUCGAAUGGUGUUGUCAUCUGCCAGAAUCCCACUGACGUUAUAUUCUUUUAACACCGUCGGUGAGGGACAUGACGGUGGCUCCGAGGAGGAAGAAGAGGAGGAGGAGGGGGAGGAGGAGGAGAAGCAGGAGGAGGAGGAGGAGGAGAAGGAGGAAGAAGAGGAGGAGGACGAGGAGGAGGAAGAAGAGGAGGAGGAGGAGGAGGAGGAGGAGGAGGGGGAGGAGAAGGAGAAAGAAGAGGAGGAGGAGGAAGAAGAGGAGGAGGACGAGGAGAAGGAGGAAGAAGAGGAGGAGGAGGAAGAAGAGGAGGAGGACGAGGAGAAGGAGGAAGAAGAGGAGGAGGAGGAGGAGGAGGAGGAGGAGGCACGCCUCCUGCUCCUCCUCCUUCUCGUUAUCACCAUAUCCACAUUCGUUAUCAUCAUCCUCGUCGUCCUUUCAACUUCGCAGUGAGUGUCCUGACGAACUCGCAUGUUUCGACUUCGUGGAGGCCAUGGAGGAGAAACCCACUGCGCUGAAAGCGUGAAAGGUAGCAUGGAACAAGCAAGUUUGCGGCACAGAGUGGCUUCCCCCGUAUACCCGUCCGUUCAUACUCUCCGGCCUGUCGACAGCGACGACAGGAGCACACCGAUCUAUGGGGAAGUUGCUGACAGACAAAAAUCCAGAAAGGAAAAUAAAUCGCACAUUCAUAU